AUGGCCAAGAACGAGGAAAACGAAUUGUACAUGGUUAAGCAGGCGCAGAGUCUGCGAAAAGAGGAUCCCUUUGCAGCCAAAGCCUGGAUAAUCACGGCCAAGACGCUGUAUCCCGCUGCAUUCAAUGUGCAGUAUGAGGCGUACCUCUUUGAGCGCGAUGGCAAGAACUACGAGGAGGCGGCCAAGUGUUUCAGUGUCAUAGCCACCAACUUUCCGAAUCAGCAUACAGAGCUGUGGCAGGAAAUAAACGCCCUGACCAAUGCCCUAAGGAACAAGCGCGAGAACACACCGGAGCAGGAGUUCUUUGUGAAGAUGUACAAGCAUUUGACGCCCGAUGUGCAGCACAACAUAUUCAUGCAUACCAUCAACCACUGCGGCGACGAUCUGGAGCAGUGCAUCAGCAUCUAUAUAUUGAUGUUUAGGAAAUUCCCCAUGUCGGUCACAACGCACGCUCCGCGUCUCCUCGAGCUGUUGGCCGAGGGCAUGACAACGGAUCCGGAUGUGUAUCAGCGCAUACUGGUCGAGGAUGUGCUGCCGAUGAUACAGCACAAGCCCCCCGAGCUGCCUCCAGUGCUGGCCUGUAGGCUCUACACCAACUCCUUGGAGUAUUAUCUGCGUCAGAUAAUGGAGUCGGAAACGGAACCUACGGACCUCUGGAAGACUAUAUUCAAAGUCCUAAUGCUCUGCGGCCAGAUGAUGGGCUGGGAACCAUUCCUGCCCUUCAGUAAGCAGGGCAGCCAGAAUGUAUACUGGGAGAAGCUGGUGGACAUCCUGUCCGCCAGUCCACCGGGCAGCUCCAAGGUGCUCUUCUAUGCCACCACCCUGUUCAUCUACUCGCUGCAUGGCUACAUACGCAACUGCCGACUGCGCAUCGAUGAUGCGGACGUCAGUCAUGUGCUAGUCGAAGGCUUUAUUGAGUGGGCGCCAGAUGGCGACGGCUCUGAGGAUCAGACCAUGGAGCCGCCCAAGUUCUCGUUGACGACGCCCCUCAGUCCGGAUCUGUCGAAUGCCUUUCUGCACGCGGCUCAGUGCUGGCAGCUGCUCAACACGGAUCAAUUUCAGCGGGACUUCAGCCAAUUGAUGGUGGCCCUGCCGCUGGCGCCAUGGAUAUCGCGAUUCCUCUUCGAUCUAGCCAUUUACUUUGGCCAUCGCGACGAGGCCAACAAACUGAUGGGGGAAAUGACUACCCAGAGCAGUUUGGUGCAGAGCCUGCAGAUCCUCAGUCUCAAUCUAAUGCAGGGGAGCAUGACUCUCCAGGGCUUCCAGUGCAUAUUGAAGAUUAUUGGCGAGCUGCCCGCCACAAAUGGCCAUCUGUUGGAGAACAUGACGCUCAAGGGUCAUCGUCACAUGGUCUUUCUGCCCCUCACUCGAGCCGCCCUCGUCCAAUACUGCACGGGAGCCAUCAUUAGUCGCAUUAGCCGCCAGGUGUACGAGCCCAACUGCUCGGAUCGUCUGCUUGGUGAUCUCCUGGUGCUGCAGCAGUUGAAUCUUCUCAACGACUUGCGGCUCACCCAGCAGAUCUUCAGCGUGAUAAAGCAACGCAAGUCGUUCAAUCUGCGCAUCCUUUCCACCUACAUCAUUGGCAUCGAUUUGAUUGAGGAACUCUCGCACAUAUGGAACUCCCAGGUGGAGGAUUCCAAUUUCGAGCUAACUGGUUCACCCACAGGGGUGUCGAGCGGUGGGCCAGCCAGUGCUGGUGCGCCGGCUCGUCGCAUCGGCACUCGGGGAGCGGACAAGGGCGCCAGGGACGAGUUUAAGACCAUCACCAGGCAACAGAUUGCACGCUGCAAUGAGAAUAUCAUCACAGUCCUAGCGAACUUCAUCACCCAGGAGCAGCUAAUGCUGGCACAGCAUAUCUUUGGCAUCCAACCCGUGGAGACCAUCGAGAUCAAGUAAUGUGACAGGCAGGGGACUAGAUUAGAUAAUAAUGGGGGAAUAGUGUGCGCUAUAUAUAUAUAUUUUUAGCUGUACUAAUAGCCUCUUUCUUUUCUUUAAACAAAUGUGCACAAAUAAUUACACAUAGUCGUCGUAGACUUAAGAAUUUAGAUUGGAUCGUUUAUCAAUAUCACAAAAAGUACUAAGGUG